ACAGUCGUCGACACACUAUCACCAUGCUUGUUUCACUAAUCCUAUCAUCUUUUUUGCUUCUAAAUUGUUUUGGUUUUGUUGAAGGAGACCAACAGGGUGAUACCAGACUGAAGACCUUAAAGAAUUUGAUUUACAACAACGCGGAGACCACAGUCAAAUUGGAUUCUACAGCACUGAAACAACUCAUCCAGUUAUCGACAACGGGUACAUUUCCAAACCGCAAACAACGAGUGAGUUUUUCCGUUUAUCCUAAAUCGAAAGACCUGAAACUUGGAAAAGGCCAGACGGUGAUAUAUGACGGAAUCCUGACGAACGAUGGAAACGGAUACGACGACAGAACAGGAAUCUUCACGUGUCCUGUAGCGGGUACCUACAUGUUUGUUCUCGAUUGUCUGUCUCCUAAGCCAACAACAAUACGUAUUGUAAUGAACAAUAAUGCCGUAGGAUCUGUUCAUAUAGCAUCUGCUAACUAUGGUAUAUCCUGGCAGCAGUUGAGUAGAACUGUGAUUUUAAAGGCAAGAAAAGGUGACCACGUUAAAAUAGUUAAUGGUGAAAACAACGGCUUCAUGCACAGAAGUCACUACUCUGGUUUCUCUGGAACGUUACUGGACUGACUGUACUGACGAAAUUGAUAAAUGCAUUUACAAAAUUGUAUAUCACAAGUGUAUAAAGGAUGAAAUAUAUCAAUUGUAUACUUAGGUAGUAAGACCACUAUUGCAUCAAUAGUAUUGCCUUUGUUAUUAAUGAGGCUGGUUUGAAAACGUCAAUAUCGUGAUUAUUGUCGAUUAUAACUGAUCUGAAUGCAUUAAACGAUAAGAAAAUGCUGAAACGUAUAUGUAUAUUGACGUAUCGCACUAAUGAAUAAGCACGUAUCCAAGGAAAAAUGUUGGAAAUGUU